AUGGCUCCCCGGCACGAGGCGCCGCGGCUUCCUGGACUCGUCCAGACACGGGGCGGCGCGCAGGAGAAGCCCAUCGAGCUGCAGGCGGUGGCGGCAGCGGCGGUGGCUGCAGGAGCGGCCGCCGCGCAGGUUGAUGACGCAGGGCGCGUGGUGGGGGGGGGAGCUGUCCGCGCCGGGGCGACGCGAGCAGAUGACGUGCGACGAGCGGAGCGGCUAGGCAGCAUGGCGUCGGUGGUGCUGAGCGAGGCUGAGAAGGUGUAUAUCGUGCACGGCGUUCAGGAGGACCUCCGUGUGGAUGGCCGUGGCUGUGAGGACUACCGAUGUGUCGAAGUAGAAACCGACGUGGUGUCUAACACCAGUGGGUCUGCCAGGGUCAAGCUGGGUCACACAGACAUCUUGGUGGGAGUGAAAGCAGAAAUGGGGACACCGAAGCUAGAGAAACCAAAUGAAGGUUACUUGGAGUUCUUCGUUGACUGUUCAGCCAAUGCUACCCCUGAAUUUGAAGGUCGAGGAGGUGAUGACCUUGGCACAGAGAUUGCUAACACCCUCUACCGGAUAUUUAACAACAAGAGCAGCGUCGACCUGAAGUCCCUCUGCAUCAGCCCCCGGGAGCACUGCUGGAUCCUCUACGUGGACGUGCUGCUGCUGGAAUGUGACGGGAAUCUGUUCGACACCAUCUGCAUUGCUGUGAAGGCUGCUCUCUUCAACACAAGGAUACCGAGAGUUCGUGUUCUAGAGGAUGAAGAGGGGUCCAAGGACAUUGAACUCUCAGAUGACCCUUAUGACUGCAUCCGGCUAAGUGUGGAGAAUGUCCCCUGCAUUGUCACCCUGUGCAAGAUUGGCUAUCGGCAUGUCGUGGAUGCUACUCUUCAAGAGGAGGCCUGCUCCUUGGCCAGCUUGCUGGUGUCCGUGACCAGCACGGGAGUCGUGACGUGCAUGAGAAAAGUGGGGAAGGGCAGCCUGGACCCAGAGAGCAUCUUCGAGAUGAUGGAGACCGGCAAGCGAGUGGGCAAGGUGCUGCACGCCUCCCUGCAGAGCGUCCUACACAAGGAGGAGAGCCUGGGGCCCAAGAGACAGAAAGUCGGCUUCCUGGGAUGAUUUGGACAUCAGUGCAAAUGCGGGGUGUUUGGGGUUUUUUUUUGCUUUUCCUUUUAAGCCACAGUUUGUAUAUAUUUUUCUUAUCUGUUAUAAAUUUGAGGCAACAUUUGUACAUGUAAAAUAAAGUAUAUUUUCUAGUC